AGGGGCGGCCAUGGCGACGGGCGGCGGCGGAGCCGGGCCAGGUCCCGGUCCCGGUCCUGGUCCCGGUCCUGGUCCUGCUGCCAGCGGAGCCGGCGGCCGGCGGGGCCCGGGGCUGAUUUGGGCUGAAAAGAAGAGGCUGAACAAGGGGGCAGAUGUGGUGGAGAAAAGGGGUCCAUACAUCAUGAGCAAACCUCCCUCCAUUCAGGCCAAGCUGAAGAGGCAGCGGGAGCUGGCAAAGGCAGCGCUGCGAAGGCAGGGGCUGCUGGGGGCACCCACUGCCCUGAAACCAACUCCUAAAAGGUCUGUGAAGUUCAACAAGGGCUACACAGCACUCAGCCAGACAGCUGAUGAAAACCUGGUCUCCCUCGACUCAGACAGUGACGGGGAGCCAGGAUCCAGGUGUUCCUCGGGAUACUCCUCUGCUGAGCAGGUGACCCAGGACCUGAGCCGGCAGCUGCUGCAGGACGGGUACCACCUCGACGAGGUCCCUGAUGACGAAGACCUGGAUCUCAUCCCCCCAAAACCUGCUGCCUCCUCUUCUUGCCCCUGUUGUUUUGGAGAAAAUCUCUCCUGUGUGAUCCAGUAGCUGCACAAGAACAGGUCAAAAUCCAGCACUUUCUUUGUCCCGUGGGAUGCUGGUGGGUGUCCGGGUCCCACGCCAGGACAGUGGCACAAGGACUGAACAAUGCUGCUCAUGGCAGAGACCAGCUGACUCCAAAAGACUUCUCCUUACACUCAGCAAUAUCAGGGGGAGGUGGCACAGUGACAGUUGGGUGACCUGGAUGGGACUUGGCACUUGGCUGGGGUGGGAAGGGAGGACAGGCAGGGCCUGGCACCUCCACAGGGAUAUAAAGGGAAGGAUUUGGGAGUUUCUGGGGUUGGAGCUAAUGGCUUAUUCCCAUUCUCCUCAACGCUGCUUUGAUGCGGGUGAGGCACAGCCCAGGGCCCCCGUCCCAGGUCUGCCCAGGGCUUGGAUGUGGGGGGCUGGAGAGCCUCCCUGCUGCAAACCAUACAUGCUGCCUUAAACCACGGUCCUGCUCUAUGACAUAGAGGACAAUCAGCUUCUUAUACAGAAACCUUAUUUAAAUAUUUCAUGUCAAAAGACACGAACUGGUUUGGGGGUGGGAGGGCAUGUUUGUUUGGUUUUGUAUUUUACUCUUAAAAGGGAGCACUCAAUAAACUGGAUCUCAUUACUCA